AAUACGCACUACCAAAUUCCUGCAUCUUAGAAACAGUUUAACUGCUGUAGUUUUAUUUUAACCUCGUCAAUACUUAAAAUAACAGGAUAAAUCUGUCAUUAUUUCGACCCAUCUCAUUGAGCAGACUGUGGUAGUUAGCAUUCUGAGAGCGCCCGAUAUUGUGCUGAGACGGUGGAAAACGACACUUCCCCAAGCGCGGGCGCACAGCCUUUUGGUGCUGCUGUAAAGAAUGUAGGGAUGCUGUUGCUCAGAGCUUAAUUUUGUGAGAGAUUUGGCUUCAGCUGGAUGUGACAUUGCGCCUGUGCGAUAAACGGUUGUUGGUGACCACGAAGAUGGCCGAAUGCGCAGUAGAAAAUGCAGUCAAGGCACCGGCAGUUGAAGUGAUGUCACCACCAUCAAUUGCAGAAAAGAGACACCAGACCAAUGGUCAUGCCUCCCCUGUCUGCCUGCCAGCCAAUCAAAGCAGCCCUGCAGGGAAACCGAUUGAAGUCAUAACCCCACCUAUAGUAGCUGAGAAGAAGCCCCAGACCAAUGGUCAUGCCUCCCCUGUGCGCAUGCCAACCAAUCCCAGCAGCCCUUCAGGUAAACAAUAUGUGGAAGGGUACCUGAAGACAGAUGACCGGAUGCGUCUGGCCAAAGAGAGACGAGAGGAGAGAGAGAAGAGCCUCGCGGUACGGGAGCAGGCAAUCCGGGAAAAGGAGCGGCGAGCUCAGCUGCAGUACGAGCGCACGGUGGAGGAGCGCUGGCGGAGGCUGGAGGAGCAGCGGCAGAGGGAGGAGCUCCGUCGGGCCGCGGUGGAGGAGAAGAGGAGGCAGCGGCUGGAAGAGGAGAAGGAGCGCCUGGAGGCCCUGAUGAGACGCUCCCUGGAGCGCAGCCUGCAGCUGGAGCAGCGGCCCAAGCGCUGGACCUGGAGCACGGGCGCGGCCCGAGAGGCAGCUGAUAUUUUGUCAGCAUCCGCCAUGACCCUGUCUCAGCCCCAGGACCCGUCCCUCAGCAAACGCCUUUCAUCCUCCUCCGCGGCUAUAGUCCAUACUGCAGAGAGAGCACCUGCUAGUCCACACAGAUCCCCCUACAGAGGCUCUCCGGGUAGGGGGGGCCACCGGAAGGCCAGAACAGGGUCCCCGGGAUUGUCUGAGGAGAACAGAGGGGCAAAUAUGUCUCCUGAAAACAUCAAGACAGAAAAGCUGCGCAGAGAGAGAAGAACAGCCUCUCCAGGGACCGGCUCCCCCCUUAGACGGCCCGAAUCCCCUGCCACAGCCAGCAUGCGCUCCGCCUCACCUGCAGCCUCCAGGAUCAUGUCAAAGAGCCGGGCCCAGUCUCCCUGCAACAUGAGGGAGUACCCCCCCUCCCCUUUGAAGCACAGAUCAAUCACACACAACAUGGACGGCAACAAGAGGAAGCAGGAGGGGGAGAAAGGUGAAGCAGGGACCCAGGACACAAAGGAAGAGGAGGCCAAGGGUAACAAACUUCUUGAGAAAACGACAAUCAAAACUUUGACCCCUGAUGAGAAAACUUUGAACAUGAAGACACCUGAGAAGAAGGCAUCUAAGGUUGAGACACCAGAGAAGAAGACCUCUAAGGCAGAGACUCCAGAGAAGGCCUCGAAGCCAGAGACUCCAGAGAAGGCCUCGAAGGGAGAGACUCCAGAGAAGGCCUUUAAGGCAGAGACUCCAGAGAAGACGUCUAAGCCAGGGACUCCAGAGAAGAUAUAUAAGUUUCAGACCCCAGAGAAGAAGACCUCAAAAGCAGAGACCCCUGAGAAGAACGCUUUGAAUGUGGAGACACCUGAGAAAAAGAUGGCAAAGUCGAGCAGCAGUGACCUGAGCGGGGACAGAAGUGCCGAGCCAUCCCCACUGACACCCACAGGAAAGCCCAUCGCUGGGACCACAGAUGCAGAGGAGGCGUCGCGUUUGCUUGCAGAGCGGCGGCGACAGGCCCGCCUGCAGAAGGAGCUGGAAGACAAGCAGCGGCGUGAACAAGAGGAGGAAGAGAGGAUGAGAGUGGAAGAGCUUCGGAGGAGACACGCAGAGGCACGUGCCAAGCAGGAAGAGGAGGCGAGGCAGCUGGAAGUGGAGAAACAGAGGCAGGAGCAGGAGCGCAAACUGAGGGAAGAGGAGGAGCGGCGGCACAGGGAGUGUCAGGAGAGGGAGCUUCAGAUACAGAUGGAUAGAGAGCGGGAGGAGGGAGAGCUGCAGGCCCUGAAGGAGGCAGAGCGCCAACGACAAGAGAGGGAGGUCCUGAAGCUACAGGAGGAGCAAGAAAGGCUGCAGAGGAAGAAGAGGAUCGAGGAGAUCAUGAAGCGAACCCGAAAAACUGAUGCUGAGAUGAAGAAAGAAGAGGUGCGGGUGGAGUCUACUUGUCAUUCCUCCCUAAUUCAGCCUGUCUCACCUACACCCCAAGGAGAAGUUUGUGUGAAGGCGCAGUUGAAUGCACAGGUAAAUGGACAAGUAAUUGGGCAGCCCCUGCUGGAGCUGGGAGAUUCGGGUGGUGCUGUUAUGAAGCCCACCCUGUCCCCAAAACCUGUCCCCCCAGCCAAGCCCCAACCCGCGCCCCCCCUUAUCAACCUGGAGCCGCUUGAGGUGAAGAGCACUGUGAAGGACAAGGCCGAUGAGGUCGAGUCCAUGGAAGUCAGCCCUGUCUCUAAGGAGGAGCUCAUCUCCAUCCCGGAGUUCUCUCCCGUCGACGAGGUCCGUCACAACGGCAUGAGCAACUCCCGUGCCAUAGAGGACCUGCUUGACCUGACGGGCCAUGUGGCCUAUCCCAAACUCUCUCCUGGUGCCAACCUGGGGGACUGCAACAAGAACCUGAUUGAGGGCUUCUGCAGCCCGGUAGCGGAUACCCACCUCACCAUCCAAACCCGUGCCCCGUCAUCUGAUAAGCGAAACAUCCAGUGACCAGAACCCUGGAGUUCGCCAGUUGUGGUGCGGAGACCAUUGACCUGUUCCUCUGGAGAUUAAAGCUCUGAAUGUAGUUUGCUGUUGCUCCUCAAAGACCCUUCUAGAAACGCUCUGCAGUCUUCUUUGCCCCAUAGCCUAUUGAUUGCUGGGUCUCAGGAAUGAUGGCUGCAUUACAGAAAUUAGUUUCACCUCAAGAAGCAUAACCCUGCUGGUUUGGGCAUGUGUUAUUCUGUUAAAAUUCAGAAAACCACACAUGGAAAUUGAACGUGUCUAUUAUGCAAAGGUGAUGAGUUUCUGUGUGUGUGAGGAGAAUUCUUAAUGUGUGAUGCAGUUGAUAUGUAUUGCUGUGUGUUUAUGAGUGAUUGUGUGUGUGUAAAGCUGGGCUGCCAUUAAGUAUUGCAGCAGUUUCUCAGUAACCUUCAAAAUGUACAGUUAAGAAGACAAAUGCCUUGCAAAGAGCUUCCCUUACAUAACUGGUAGUAUUACAGACUAGUGAUUACUUCAUUCCUUUAAAGACAUGCUUAUGUGUUUGUUCCAAAAUUAAUUUAACCUGAAAUCUCCUUAGAACAUGGCUCAUUGUGGCAAGGCAACUGCAUAUAAGAAAUUGCAUCUAUAGAUAAAAUAAUUUAGUCCUUCAGAGAGCUAGGAAUUAUGCUUUUUUAUGCUCGGGAACAACCAUAUUCAGGUGUAGUGUAAUUUGCAAUUGUAUGAAUCCUUAGUGAAACAUACACGUAUUUCUCUAGUCUCUCCCUGUCCUUGGCCAGUGAUGCCAUCUGCCCACUCAGGAGCCAGUCAUUUUUAGCAGCACUGACUAAUGUAGAUUGUUGGUCAUAGAAACAAUUACUGUACAAGACAGAUCUACCCUCUGGCUUUAACACAUACAAAUCCUCAGAAGCUUGUCAUGUGCAACAACAACCAUAACCAUGCUUACCUUAGACAGCCUAAUCUCUAUCCUACUUCUUUCUUGACUAAGCAAGGGAUUUAGAUACACAGAAUCUAUGACAAAAACUGUAAUUCAAGUCAGGUUUUAUUUAGACCUUUUGCUUGCGGAAUAAGUAACGGUUCUCCAUCAGCAAAGACUGUGUUGGUGGAGAAUUAUGAAAUGAUUUCUGGAUAGUGUUUGGAGUUUUUCCUACUUUUUGUGCAAUGGGGCUUUUACUGUGCAAGAUCCAGACUCCCUGAUGGUAUCAGGAAAACUCAGAAUUCAGGACUGGCCUUGGUUCUGGCCAAGAUUAGUUCCCAACUUUGGGUCAGGGCGCACUGAUUGGUCAUGGAGGGAGUUGAGGUGGUUGAUGCAGCAAGUAUGAAAGAAACCACAGUAUGUCAUGUCCUUUCCAUUGAACUUUGCACUAGUUACAAUCAGUGUUCAUGUUAAAACAUAUCUUAACAUAUGCUUGCCAUCUACAUCUUAGUAAGAGUUGACAGCCACAGAAAUGUGUUUUCUUUUUUAGCUGGUUUGCCCCAGAAAGUUUAUGAACCGCACUUUAGACCCCUGUUCCUCAAAUCACAGUCCUCAAGCACUGCAAAAAUGUCUGUCUUAACAAGCAUUUUUAGUCUUGUAAUAAGGCUUAAGAUAUUUAUUUUCUCUCAAGCAGAAAAUAUUAGUUUGUUUUAAGUUACUGUUUGCUUGACAGUGAAAUGUUCUCACCCCAAAUCUCGAAAUGAGUCAAACUUGAAUGUUUUUCAGUCUCAUUUAGCAAAAAAGUGCAGACGUAUAGAAAUAAGAUUUUAAGUCUAAAUAUAUGACUAAGAUACUUGUUAAGACUGACUUAUUUAUUUAUUUAUUUCAGUGAGGGCCAAGAACUGCUGGUUUUCUACCUUCCCUUUACCUGGGAGUCAGGUGUUAAACCAGUCUGGCCAAUCAGUAGCCCUAGUUAUUCAUUUAAUUACCUGGGAGGAAAGAAAACCUGGCCCGGAUUUAGAUUCUAUGGCCAGAUUUUUGACUGUUAUAUUUAGUAUUCUAUUUGAAGCCCGGUCCUGCGUUCAACCUAAAUUCCACUGUAAGUUUCCAGGGUUUUAAAGACCUUAAAAGGUGGAUCUCUGUGGUAUUGGCUGGCUAAAUAAAAGUAAAUCAGUAAGUGAAUAAAUGGAAUAUUGUGACUUCAUGGUUUCGGCAAACCCAGAAAUUCAGUUGUGUAUGUUUUGGUGAGAGACCUUUCAUGGGUGUACACAUGGGUGUACACACAUUGUCUCUUACUUACUGAUUUCUUUGUGUGUGUAAAAUCUGUUCAAGAAUAAUUUAUGGCAAAAAGCAUACCCUGGGGGUGCAAUAGGCUGUUAGGGUCUUCCACAUCAGGUUAAAAGUGAAUGUGUAAUCAAGCAUUUAAACCAUUCUGUCUCAUCCUGCAUAUUUAAAUAAAGAGGAGCACAUUGUUGUUAGUGUAAGAGUGUGAUUACUGUAGUCAUAGUGCAUGGCCCCUCAGCAUGAGCACAAAAUAAAGACAGUAAAACUUUAAA